AUGGGAAUAUCACAUUCAAUAUCGCGAUGGUUACAAAAUUUUCUAAACAACAGAAUACUAAAACUAGGCAAUAACUCAAUAACAACAAGUAAAGGACUACUACAGGGAAGUAGCCUUAGUCCAGUACUCUUCAAUCUAUAUACGGCUGAGCUACACAACAUUAAUGACGCUAACACAACCUUAUUCCAAUUCGCAGAUGAUUUUUUUAUAAUCACGGCACACAAGAACUUCAACACCAUAAAAGAAAAUCUCAAAAAUAAAAUAGUAGAAUUCACCAAUAACUGCAAUCAAAUAAACCUAAAACUUAAUUUAAACAAAACUAAUGUAAUACACUUUAAUAACAAGAAACAACAACUAGACAUACAAAUAAACAACAUAAAUAUAAAUCAAGUAGACUCAAUUAAAUACCUUGGAAGAUAUAUAUCUAAAAACAACUCUGCCAAUAUUCAUGUAAAUGAAAUAACUAACAAAAUUCACAAAGAUUGCAAAUUUCUGAAUAUCCUGAGUGGCUGCAAAUUUGGAAUAUCACCAAGCAAAGCUUUACAACUUUACAAAGCGUUUGCUAGAGCAAAAGCAGAAUAUGCUGCUUCCUCAUUCGCAAAUCUAAGCAAAACGGCAUCAACAAAACUGGCAAGCUGUAACAAUAGAAUACUAAGGAAAUGCUUGGGACUCAUUCGAUCAACACCAACGCAUGUGGUUUAUCACAUGGCCGCUGAAUUACCCCUGGAAUACAGAUUUAGAUUAACAACAGCCAAAGACAUAAUUAAAAGUUUUGCUUACGAACUACCAAUCACAGAAGUACUCUCACAGGAUAAUUUAUCCUUCAAUACCAGCUAUACCACUGUCUUUAAACAGUAUGAUGACAUCUUCCGAAACAUUGUAAAAAUACCAACGCUUUCCAAUACAUCUAACAAAACAAAAAUUGACACAGAAUUCUUCAAGGGAAUGGUAAAUUCGAAAAAGAAUGCGAGCAGUGAACAAAUUCAACAAUUAUUUAUUACCAAAAUUGAAGAACUUAAAAGCAAAGAGUUAGAAAUAAUAUUCACGGAUGGUUCAAUUAAAGAAAUCACAACAAAUGCAGCUUUUUUCCACGAACGUACCAACACUAUAAAAGCUUUUUACAUAAACAAGAUUUUGUCAUCCAUGUCUGCUGAGAUAAUUGCCUUUGAUAAAGCUAUCGAUUUUGCUACCUCGCUUCAAUACCAAAGAGUUGCCAUAUUGACAGAUAGCAAAUCAGGAGCAUUGGCGCUAUUAGAUGAAGAGACGAACAACAGCUUAAUAAUAAACUUAAUAAAUAAAAUAAACACAAGUAAUAUCAUUACAUUGGAAAUACACUAUAUCCCAAGUCAUAGUGGAAUUCAUCAAAACUGCGUGGUGGACAGAGCUGCAAAACUUGCUAAUAUCACUGGUGAAGAGAUAACUAUCGAAUGGAAUAUAAAAGAUGCCAUUAAAGAAGUUGGAAGACGAUUGGCCUCUGAAUGGCAAGAAAAAUACUCUGAAAUUAGUAAUGAUAAAGGGAAAAAAUAUUACACUAUAUUUCCUAAAUUAUUAAAAAGACCAUGGUUUCACAAAUUAGUCCCAAAUAUAGAGGCAAAACAAAUAAAACAAAUAAAUAGAAUAUUAUCGGGACACGCAUUCUGCAGACAUACGUUAGCAAAAUUUAAGGUAGUAGAUGAUCCUCUAUGUGAAAUUUGCAAUACAGAAGAAACUCCAGAGCACAUCAUACUCAAAUGCAAUAAAUAUGACAACAUUAGAGCACAUCAUCCAAAAUUAAUAGCACACGCCUCUUUUGAAGAAUUACAUAAAAUGGAAGAUUCAAAAACAUACAUUAUAUUAUCUGAAUUCCUUAAACAUACACAAAUACUACUAUAA